AGAGCGGUGGAUGGCGGCGCAUUUUUGAGGUUAUGCCGAAGACAAUUGUCGAACUGUCAACCAAGUGUUUCGAAUAGUCGAUUAAAAUGACAAAAAAAUGUUAUAACAAAGAGAAAAUUAUAAAAAUUGAACAAAUAUUCGAACGCUCAUAAAAAUCGAUGGCGGCUAUCGACAAAGUGAAAAUUAUCGUUGUCGGAGAUUCGGGUGUUGGAAAAACUUCAUUGACCCAUUUGAUAUGCCAGCAACAACCGAUUGGGAAUCCGUCAUGGACGAUUGGAUGUUCGGUCGAGGUCAAAUUACACGAGUAUAAAGAAGGCACCCCUAAUCAAAAACGUUAUUUCAUCGAAUUGUGGGACGUAGGAGGCAGUCAGAGUCACCAAAAUACUCGAACAGUUUUUUAUCAUCCAACGAAUGGAAUAAUUCUUGUACACGAUUUAACGAACCGGAAGUCACAACAAAAUUUGCAGAAAUGGCUGCAAGAAGUUUUGACGAAAGAUGGAACCUGUGCAAAAUCCAAGUCGUUCGACGACUUUGAUCCUGAAAAGUUUGUCGGUUCUACGCAAAUCCCAAUACUCGUGAUCGGCACUAAAUCCGAUCUGGUAGCAGAAGUGAGAUCCAGUUUGCAGAGACGAUCGUCGACCAUCGCAGAGGAAUGUGGAGCGGAUGAAAUUUUUUUGGAUUGCAGACAAACGCGAUCUCUCGCAGCAGGAACAACCUCGUCCUUAAAGCUGAGCAGAUUUUUCGACAAGGUCAUUGAGAAAAGAUUUUAUGCAAGUCGGGAAGGUAUCAGCCCCGACAAAAGACGAUUACCAAUUUAUAAUUCUGCAUAUAGUCCUAACAAAAUUCAACACAACGACUGAAAUUAUAAAUGUACAAGUGCGUGUGUGUGUGAAACACGAUGAUGACGAGAAUCUGAAUGAAUGAAAAAACUAUCUAUCAUGGCAUCUAUAUCGAGCCGCAUGCUAUCGAAGCUAUCUCCGAAUCUUGUCUCACCAACGGAGCUGCAUUUUUUUAAGACUGAGCUCAAAAAAAUUUCGGCGAUCCUUCAUCCAGCUCGAAAUAUUGCAAUCAACAUUCCAUCUGUGCGUUAGAACAUCUGAAUUUUCCGUCAGUUGCUGUAUUCUAGUUUAAGGAAAAAAGAACUUUUUACAAUUGUUCUCUUUGGUUUACAUUGAAAUGUUUCGGCUCGUUAAAAAAAAAAAUUAUAAGUGAAAUUUAAAAAUGAAGUAUAGCACAUUUAUCGCGGA